CAACUGUUUUCUUAGUUUUUUUUGUUGUUUUGGCGGGUUAUUUAGUGUAAAUUUAUUUUGUAGUGUUUUAUUUAAUUUGUGUAAAAAAUUGUUUAAAUAUGGAAGAUUCUUGCAUGGAAAUUGAUGAUCAGCCGUAUUUAUAUGUGCGCACUUUGGAUGAUGUUAAGGGCAUCAUCAAACAUGCCAAAUUGGAUGAACGAAAUCUUACUCAAGUCACACAGGCCUUAUACUUCCCUUCAUCCGAUAUUGUUAGUGAUAAUCUAAAGCUUUUGGAAUUGGAUGAUCAUAUGUUGGGCCAGAUACGCGAUGGCCAGGUGUUGCAUUUUAAAGGCGGUCAUAAUGAAAAGGUAGUUUUAUGUACUGAUGAAAAAACUUAUGAUGUCAAAUCAGCCGAAAUCUCCAAUAGCCUGUUAUUAGUGCCCAAUUUGAAAUUUGGUGCUGCCACUAGUACUUCCCCUUUAAAAAGUCCUCGCAAUGCCAACAAUACAUCACUGGAGAAAAGUUUAAAUGAUAGUACUGAUGAUGAUUUGGAGAUAGAGCGCAUUUUGGAACAAAGAAAAAUAUUGAAAAUAUUCCAUGAAUAUUUUGAAUGUCGUGAGAUUAAACCUAGAUUUCGUAAAAUGGGAGAUCUUUUGCAGUUGACUCGUUACUCGGGUCCCGAAAAUGAAGAAUGCAUCGAUCGUAAACUUUUAUUUUCGUUUGAACAAUUGCUGGAUACGGUGCAGUGCAGUCGCAAAGAAUUUAUCGAAGGCUUAAAAUUAUAUCGAGCCAUGGAAUAUGAGGGUUGGAUGCGUGUCUUGGAGUGUGAAUAUGAAUAUAGAAUUGUUAAUUUAAUGGUGGGCAUUAUUGUGGAGAAUUCCUGGCCUCUAGAUGAGGUGGAAAGAGAAGAAACCAUAAAUGCUUUAGAUGGCAUUGCACCUAAGCAAAUUGUGGAAGGUUUAUUUGAUUUGUAUACUACAACCACAGAGGGAAAAGAGAAUCGUUUUGCUUAUUCUGAGGAGCUGGUGGCACGUAUAGUGGCACAAAAUAUUCUACAGCCGGGAUUAAAGUUUCGAGUUGAUGAAUUUUUAAGUACAUGGCAAGAAGCUCUGCCCGAAGGCAUGAAAUGUGAGGAAAAAUACUUAAGAGGCUUGGGUAUAUUUGAUAAAGAAGGUGGCACACCCUGUAUAAGAUCAUUAUCAGAAGAUAAUUUACCUUUAAAUAUACAUGAUCGCAUGCGUUUAUUGUUUAAAAACAAAUCAAAAUGGACUUUAGAUGAAAUUGAGCCCUAUAUAGAAUGCUUUACUACUCCCUUGUUAUCGGUAUCAUCUUUAAUGGCCAAACAGGCCAGAUCUUUAAUGGAGAAUGGUGUGCGUUACUAUGUAGCUAAACAUUAAAGUUAUUUACAACAAUUAUACAUAAAACAAAAACUAUUCAACUUACUUGAAACUAAAGCCUCGGGGGAAUAUCGGACGUGACAAUAAGGUUUUUAAUUCAGAUCUAACACCGUCCAAUUGUACGCGAUUGCGACGUUUUUCUAUUAUAUAAGGAUCUUCGUCCUGAUCACUA